AUGACAACGGGUUCAUCAACACCUCCUGUCGCUCCACUUCACAAAGCAUAUAGUAUCACUACUAUCAAAUCGCAAAUCCCUCUUACCCUUGAUCUCAACCAUCUCAACUAUGAUAUAUGGACCGACCUUUUCGAAACCCAUUGUAUCGCAUUCGAUGUGAUUGAUCACAUCGACGACACAUAUGAUGCUACAACUACCAAUCCAGACAACAAACCACCAACCAAAGCCGAGUGGACCAAACUCGAUUAUAUUGUCCAAAACUGGAUUUAUAAUACUAUAACAUCGGAUGUCCUCGCCAACGUCCAUGCUAGAAAGGCCACCGCUCGUGCAACUUGGCUAGCUAUUGAAACCCUUUUUCGAACAAACAAAGAAGCCAAGUCCCUUCAACUCGAUAAUGAUCUCCGUAACAUUACUCUUGGCAAUAUGUCUAUCAACGACUAUUGCACAAAAAUAAAGACCAUGGCUGACCUUCUUAAAAACAUCGGCACUCCUGUUCCGAAUAACAAUCUCGUGGCAUACACUCUCAAUCGUUUACCCUAA